UCCUCUGGGGAGCCUCAACAACAUGAAGCUGAGGAGGCAGAGAAGAGUAUCUCCACAUCAGAACACCUCAAACACCAACGGAGACCCACCGGGAAGAAAUCUCACCACUGCUCUGACUGUGGGAAGAGAUUCCCCUCUUCAGCAGACCUCAAAAGACAUCAGAGAAUCCAUACAGGAGAGAAACUUAAUAGCUGUGAUCAAUGUGGGAAGAGUUUUAGUGUUACAAGCAGCCUGAAAGCACACCAGAAAACACACACAGGAGAGAAACCAUAUCGCUGUGAUCAAUGUGGGAAGAGUUUUGUUACAUCUAGCAGUCUGACUAUACACCAGAGAAUACACACUGGAGAGAAACCUUAUAGCUGUGUUCAAUGUGGGAAGAGUUUUAAUGUUCCAAGCAGCCUAAAAACACAUCAGAGAACACACACAGGAGAUAGACCUUAUAGCUGUAGUCAAUGUGGGAAAAGUUUUGCUUCAUCUAGCCAGCUGACUAUUCACGAGAGAACACACACAGGAGAGAAACCUUAUAGCUGUAGUCAAUGUGAGAAGAGGUUUACUCACUCAAGCAACCUGAUGGUACAUUUGAGAACACACACAGGAGAGAAACCUUAUAGCUGUGAUCAAUGUGGCAAGAGUUUUGUUACAUCUAGCUGUCUGACUAUGCACCAGAGAAUACACACUGGAGAGAAACCUUUUAGCUGCACUCAAUGUGGGAAAAGUUUCACUCAGGCAAAUAUCCUGAUAGCACACCGGAGAACUCACACAGGAGAGAAACCUUAUAGCUGUGAUCAAUGUGGCAAGAGUUACUCUGGUAAAAGAGCAAUGAUAAAACAUCAGAAAUCAGUUAAAGAAGAGGAAGACGCGUUCAGAGUAAAAGAGAAGGAGGAUGUUACAAUAAAAGAAGAGGAGGAAGGGACAGAGGAGGAUGCAGUUUUUGGAGUUAAAGAGAAGGGGGAGAUGACUGUCACAUCGAAAAAGGAGGAGGAGGAAACUGGAUAUCUGGGCCCGGUUUCCCAAAGGCAACUUAAGGCGUCCAAUGGUUCAAAUGAUGAACAUAGCAGUAAGAUGGUUUUGAGAAACCGGUCCCUGAUUAACACUAGAGAGAGCGGUGACUAUUGUGGAUCCUCUGGGGAGCCUCAACAACCUCAUGAUGCAGACGAGGCAGAGAAGAAUCUCUCCACAUCAGAACAGCUCAAGAAACACCAACGGAAACCCACACUAAAUAAAUCUCACCGCUGCUCUGACUGUGGGAAGAGUUACUCAAGAUCAGAUUCACUAAAAGUACACCAGAGAAUUCACACUGGAGAUACAUCUCACCACUGCUCUGACUGUGGGAAGAGAUUAACCUCUUCAGCAGACCUCAAAAGACAUCAGAGAAUCCAUACAGGAGAGAAACGUAAUAGCUGUGAUCAAUGUGGGAAGAGUUUUAAUGCUCCAAGCAGCUUGAAAACACACCAGAGAACACACACAGGAAAGAAACCUUAUAGCUGCUCUGACUGUGGGAAGACCUUUUCAAAAUUAUAUACAUUACAAUCACACCAGAGAAUUCACACUGGAGAGAAACCCCAUAGCUGUGAUCAAUGUGGGAAGAGUUUUACUACAUCUAGCCAUCUGACUAUUCACCAGAGAACACACACAGGAGAGAAACCUUAUAGCUGCACUGACUGUGGGAAGACCUUUUCAAAAUUAUAUACAUUACAAUCACACCAGAGAAUUCACACUGGAGAGAAACCUCAUAGCUGUGAUCAAUGUGGGAAGAGUUUUACUACAUCUAGCAAUCUGACUAUUCACCAGAGAACACACACAGGAGAGAAACCUCAUGGCUGUGCUCAAUGUGGGAAGAGUUUUACUACAUCUAGCAUUCUGAUUAUUCACCAGAGAACACACACAGGAGAGAAACCUUAUAGCUGUAAUCAAUGUGGGAAGAGUUUUGUUACAUCCAGCAAUCUGACUAUUCACCAGAGAACACACACAGGAGAGAAACCAUAUAGCUGUAAUCAAUGUGGAAAGUGUUUUGCUCAUGCAGGCAACCUGGUAGCACACCUGAGAAUACACACUGGAGAGAAACCUUAUAGCUGUGAUCAAUGUGGGAAGAAUUUUGUUUCAUCUAGCCAUCUGACUACACACCUGAGAACACACAGG